AUGACCAUAAAUACAGGUAAUAAUAAACGUAACGCAAAAGACAACAAAAAUGAACCUAAAAAUAAACCAAAGGGAAGAAAGGGGAAUAGUGACAAUGAAGCAAAUUAUAAUAUUGAGCCCCAUGAAAAUGAAGAUAGUUCUUUAAUACAAGUAUUACAUAGUUAUGAAGAUUUUCAAAAUAAUAAUAUGAACUAUGGAAAAUUAAACCCUUGUAAAACUAGAGAGACAAAAUUUGGAAAAUUUCGAAAAACUUUAAUAAAAGUAUUUUCAUUAAGUGAUUUAAAUGGAAAUGAAUCAGAUAAAGGUUAUUUUAAUAGAAACAGAAAUGGUUCUAAUAAUGCUGUGCUAACUAGCCGGAUGGAAAUGUGGAAUAAAAUAGAAAGUAAUAAUGAUCCAAUGUAUGAUUUAAAAAUUGAAAGUUCCCAUAAUAAGUCUUUUGUAAAUAUUAUAGCUAAUUAUAUUAGUAUGCUUUUAAAUGAUAUAUUAAAUGAUAAAAAAGGAAUAGCACAUAUGGCUAUUUUUAUGAUUUUUUUGUCUAUCCUUAUUACUUUUAUAUCUGGUUUUAUUACCAUUUUUAACAAUGGCACAAUCGAUUUGGAUAGUUGGGUAAUUAUUCCAUCCAAAAAUACUUAUGAUGGUGUGAACAAAUUUAUGGAAUAUCUCAAACUAGGAGAGGAAGAAGGCGAUAAAGGGACUGCUGGCCAAAAUAAAGACACUGACCAAAACAACAAAGCGUGGAAAUUUCAAGAAUUGUUCGAUGGUGUGAAAAAUAAAAUAAAUGAAAGCAUUAAUAUAAAUUUUACCAACAAAAAUGAGAGUGGUAAUAUAUCUGAAACAUAUUCCAAUAUAAAAAAUAAACAAAAGGAAUUAGAAAAUAAUUUUAAAAGGAUAGAAACUCAUUUAAAAACAAUGGAAUCUAAAUUAAAGACAUUACAAAAUGAUAUAAUUAGCAAUACUAGUGAUAUAGGUUAUUUUAAAAAUGAUUCAAAAAAAGAGGUAGAAAAUAUCAAAAAGAAAUUACAAGAUAAUUAUCAACUAUUUCAAAAUAAAUUUGUAGAUUAUCUCAAAAUUAUUGAUGAUAUAAAAAUCGAUGUUAGUGAAAAAAAAAAAACAAUUUUUAAUGAGAUAGAAAACAAAGUGCACACUAACCAAAUAAACAUUGAAGAAGAUGUUUCUAGUAAAAUAGAAAAUCAAAAAAAUUAUUUUCUUGAAAAAUUUUCCAAACUGGAAAAACAAAUGGAACAUAUAGAAAUAAGCAUAGCCAAUAAAACGUACUCAAAUUUUGAAAAUAUCGAAUUUUCGAAAAAUGAGGGUGAUGAAAAAAAAGAUGUAUAUAUAUAUGUAGAUAAACAAAUUGAAGACGGCAAAAAUAUACCUGAUAAAGAUAAUACAAAAAUGGUGGCAGAAUAUAAAAAGAAACAAAUAGAAAUAGAAGAAGAUGCUAUCAGAAAUAAUUAUAUAUCAAAAAAACUAGCCAUAUUAGAGGAUAUAAGAAAAGAGUUAGACAUAUUAAAAGAAAGAACAGAAACAUCAAAAACAUUUUUAGAUAAUAUAUUUCCAAACCUUGAGCUCAAAAUGUUAAAAAAUAUCGAAAAUAAAAUAAAAUAUUAUUUAGAAAUAUAUAAAAAAGAUAUUAUAAAUGAGCUUACAGAAACAACAGUAAUAUCUAAUGAAGAAAAAUAUAAAAAUAUGGCAUUAAAGCAGGAAAAAUUUCAAAAGGAGUUCUAUAAGAAAAUCAAUAUUCAAAUUAAUUCACAAAUAAAAAAUAUAAAAGAAGACAUAAAUAGAUCUAUAGAUAACGCUCUCCAUAGUAAUGAAUUCAAAAAUAACAAAGAAGUUAUUAAAAAAUUAAAUCAGACUAAUUAUAGUGCUAUUGAAAGCUUACAAGAAAAAGUCGAUGAACUAUAUAAUGAAUUUAUAUUAGAUUAUAAUCAAAUAGAUUGGGCUCUAGAAUCAUUAGGAGCAAAAAUUGUUUAUAAAAUGACUAGUUAUCCAUUAAAUAAAAACGAUUUUAUAGAAAAAUUCCUAAAUCAAAUAGUUUCAUUUCUACCCUCCGAAGAAAUAUAUGGAAUGGUUAAACCAAUGGGAAAAGACCCAUCAAUUAUAUUAAAACCUUCAAAUUUUCCAGGGGAUUGUUUUUCUUUUAAAGGAAAUACAGGAAAAGUAACUAUACAUCUUCCAGCUACUAUUAAUGUUACAUCUGUUUCAAUACAACAUGUUCAUGAAAAUAUAAGUAACAAUUCAAAUGCAACUCCAAAAUAUUUUUCUGUUUAUGGUGUUGUUGAUUUAAAUUGGCCUGAAAAUUUCGAGGAAUCUAAUAUUGAUUAUAACGAUUUUAAAAAUAGUUCCUUAUACUCAUGUUUACAUAAAGAAUAUGGUAUUUUAUAUCCCAAUGAAAUUUUAGAAAAAUGGCUAAAAGAUAACAAAAAACCAAGUGUUAUACAUAUUGGUGAUUUUUACUUUGAUCGAAAAAAAAGGGUAUCUACCUACCAAACCAAACACUGUUUUCCAUUUAAACGAAUUAUAUUCGAAUUUACGGAAAACUAUGGCGCCCCAUAUACUUGCAUUUAUAGACUUAAAGUGCAUGGCCAAAGAUGCAUAAGAAAGUUCAAGUAA